AAAUGAAAUUCACUAACAAGUUUAAGGACCCGUCGAUAUAUUCAACCAAGCCUUUCACUUUAUAAUUUGUAUAUAGUGAGUGAUCAUCACUCCAAAAGCAGAAAUCCUUGAACUCAAAUGGAUUACCUCAAAUCACUAGCUCAAGAGUUAUUCUCCACAAAUUUUGAAACACUUCCAUCUUCAAUCCAAUUCAUAGAUGCUGCACUUUCUUGUACAAGCCCACAUUUUGCACCAUCUUAUACUGAUCCUAGUCAAAAACGCAUAAUUCGAAGGCACCUCGUCUCUCUGGUUCAAGAUUAUCCUCAUUUCAAACCUUAUAUCGAUGCGUUUGCCCAUGGUGAUGGCACCAGUGUCAACUUACUUAAUGCAAAUGGAGAGUUACAAGUCUCUUCCUCCACCCCUGCAGUCCCUCUUACCAUUUGGUUACAUGAAAGUUACCCUUUUGUGGCCCCUAUUGUCCUUGUGUCUACAAAUACUACCUAUCCAAUUUAUGACAACCAUCCUUUUGUUGACUCUUCAUCAGGAGCUGUUUCUUCAUAUUACCUAGUAAAUUGGAAGUACCCUGGCUGCAACCUCUCUGAUCUUGUGCACAACCUUGUCAAGAUCUUCUCACUUAAUCAUCCUUUCUUCAAUUCAGCUCCCAGUGACAACUUCUUUCACCCUUCUUUAGCUUCUAGGAGGGAGGCUGUGGACCGGCUCUCAUGCACCCUUCAUUAUGACAUGACAGAAUUACUGUCCAAGACUCAUGAAGAAGUGGAGGAGCUUUCAAGCCUUAGAGAACAACUGGUUAGAAGGGCAAUUGUUGCAGAGUUUACGGUCAAUGUGACUGAAAAUGAAAGGACAGAAUUGAAGGAAAGGGUGAAAGUUUUGACAGAUGAAGCGGAUAAACUGUCGAAUUGGCUAAAAGUUAACGAUCGAAAAUCAUUUUCAGCAGAGAAAGUUGAGGACGCAUUUGAAGCCACGGAUGAGAUGUCUAAGGCACUACUUGAUUGCCUAGAAGCAGACAGAGCAACAGAGGAUUUGAUGUAUUCAUUGGACAAGGCAGUUGAGCAAGGGGUAAUGCCUUUUGGUACAUAUCUAAAGCAAGUGAGAAUUUUGGCCAAAGAUCAAUUCUUUGGUAGAGCUAAGCUUGUAAAAAUGGGAAUCUCUCUCCAGUGGCUUGAUUGACUCAAUGGUGUAUGCUAUUUUUAUUAACAAAGUGAAAUCCCACAGGGCUAUAUGUACAGGAAGCCCAAGUUGAAUAUAGUAUUUUGCUUCAAACUUUGUUAUUGGAACAACCAAGUUGAUGAAGUGAAUCUAGUUACUCUAAUAUCUUCCUGGUUCAUAAUCUUCUAUCCUCUGUAGCUUGACUAAUAUUAAUUCUUCAGAUUUCGGUAUCUUGAAUAUCCAGGAGUCAAGAAGGGACGGAACUAUUGUAAUGAAGGGGCUUCUGUUGAAUCUCCUUAAUGGGAAAAUUAUACUAUGUGAAUUGGCAGCUUCUAGUGUAACGACAAUGAUGGUUAAAAAAUUGCUCUGUCCCAAGCUUGAAUCAUAGUAUGGAAUUUGUGUA